AUGCAAGAGGGAUCUACACAGGAGCUCCAUGGGAGCCAGCUGUGUGAGAACAAACUAGAGGAACAUGCUGGGCCGGUGGUCAGCAGAAGCAGGAAGGCAAUGGUGACAGGAGGUGGAGGCUACUUGGGAUACAACCUGGGAUGUGCUCUCAUCAGGUCAGGAAUUGCUGUUGUUUUAUUUGACCUACAGAAACCUAAAUGGGAAAUUCCAAAUGGAGCAGAUUUUUUCAAGGGUGAUGUGAGGGAUUAUGAUGCACUGUUCAAAGCGUCCGAAGGAGUCGACUGUGUUUUUCAUGUGGCUGCAUGUGGAAUGUCAGGACUAGAGCAACUUCAAAAGAAAGAGCAGAUUGAAUCCACAAAUGUCGGUGGCACAAAACUAAUAAUUGAUGUCUGCAAACAAAGAAAUAUCCCUAGGCUGAUAUAUACCAGUACAGUGAACGUGGUGUUUGGAGGGAAUCCUAUUGAAGAAGGAGAUGAAGAAACCGUGCCAUAUUUUCCACUGGAAAAGCAUUUUAAUCAUUAUUCUAGAACGAAGGCAAUUGCAGACCAAAUGGUUCUUGCUGCUAACGGAACUUUACUCAAAGGAGGCAACAAGCUCCAUACGUGUGUGCUUCGUCCCCCUGGCAUAUACGGACCAGAAGAGCAGCACCAUCUGCCACGAGUAGCUGUAAAUAUCCAGCGGAGACUAUUUAACUUCAAGUUUGGGAAUCACAAAGUUCAGAUGAACUGGGUUCACAUAGGAAAUUUAGUACAAGCUCACUUACUAGCUGCCGAGGCUCUCACUUCUGAGAAGGGCUAUGUAGCUAGUGGUCAGGCGUAUUACAUACAUGAUGGUGAAAACGUCACAUUUUCUGAGUGGAUAGUUCCUUUAUUUGAAAAAUUAGGCUACGAGAAACCAUGGAUACAUAUUCCUGUUCUCCUUGUUCAUAUAGCAGCCACUAUGACAGAAUAUCUGCACCUGGCCCUGAAGCCAUUUUUCAGCUUUACGCCUUUCUUGACAAGAAGUGAGGUGUGGAACGUUACUGUAACUCACACUUUCCGAAUAGACAAGGCACGAAGUCAGCUUGGUUAUAAACCAAAGAAAUUCUCACUAGCGGAUUCUGUGGAUCAUUAUCUCAAAGCAAGACCUAUUUGUCAGGAUGAUCAUACAUUCCUUAAAAUGUUUGCUUUGGGCAUUUUAUUAAGUUUGGUCUUUCUUUCUUUCUUCUCCUAA